ACCAGACUAUGUGGCGGAAUCAGAUCUAUCUGAUCUUUUAUUUUUUUGUUUUGACUGCUCUCCGGUCCAAAUGAAUUGUCGCUCCAGCUAGGAGUUCUACCUUCUGUUCCAAUUGCUUUCAAGUUGUUUCUUUAAAUGUCUGCGUCUGCACGAUCGCAAACAAGAGAGAGAGAGAAAGGAGAGAAGCUUAUGAGUGUUGCUCUUGAGGGAGUGAGGAGAGGGAAGAGGAGUGUUCGUCCCAAAAGUAUGAGGAAGUACGGACCCCUCUUGAGAGACUUAUUAAUACCCUCAUCCUUCGUUAUGGCAUCUGCAGUAGAAUGGAAGCAACAAAUGGACGCUGCCCCUGAGGCAGAAAAAGCGCAGUACCUAUUCUUCUAUAAGAAAGCAUUGAAGAGGGAAGAGGAAGAGAAGGAGAAGGAGAUGGAAGACAAAGUAAAGGCUCAUGAAGCCGUCUUUAGUACCGUGUCCGCCUUAACUGAUGCUGAGGUAGAAGAGAAGACUGUCCCACUCCUCAGGGCCAUAGUAGAAGUCCGGGAUGUUGAAGACCAUACUGGCCAACUCGCAAAGGUGUUCGACGAACUCAAGAAGUUGCGCGAGGAUAUGGCCCGGAUGGCGCAGCAGCACCGUGACCAGCUGCAACACUUUGCUAACUUGCAGCCGGCCCAAAGUGUUCUUCCGCCUGCUUACCCUGCUUCUAGUGUUGCGAAGGCGGCACAUAUUUCGUCUAAGUAUGACGGAAAAGACGACAUCGAAUCUUGGAUCAGCUCCAUGCGAUCCUACUUUGAUGUGCUAGGGACACCCCCAAUAACUCAGUCGUCGGUCCUAGGGACCAAUGUGGAACCUGCCGUAAGGGGCUUCUUAGAAGUCCAAGCUGUACAGUCAAGCUAUAAAAGAAUAGACUUGAACAAAUGGCUGAAGGCUACGCCUAUAGCCGCAUUCAGGGAACUCUUGAUUAAGCAAUAUGCUGAUCCAUAUGCUGCAACCAAGGCUAGACUUAAGCUUGACAAGCUCAAGCACGGCAAGUGGACCGGCACCAUGCAUAGUCUGCAGCAGUACGUUAGUAAACUUUUUGCUACUCCUGAUUUGGAGAUGACUGCGCAGUCUUGCUUGGAUGUGAUUAAAGGUAAGAAAGUUCCCUACGCUUGGGACACCGCAUGCGAGAACGCCUUUCAAGAUUUGAAAGAAACUUUGGUAAGUUACCCUGUACUCCGCAUUGCAGAUUCCAAACUGACAUUCGUAGUUACUACGGAUGCAAGCCAGUAUGGAAUUGGCGCAGUGUUGCAGCAAGAUGACGGCGAUGGCUUGCGGCCGCUCGAAUACUACAGCAAACGCAUGCCCAGCGAAAAGGUAGCCAGUUCCACCUACAUGCUCGGGCUCUAUGCUUUGCGUAUGGCUUUGGACCAUUGGAAGCACUAUCUUUUGGGACGCCACUUCGAAGUGUUCUUAGAUCAUGAGAUUCUGAAGUGGAUCCAAGAGCAAACUACCCUGUCCCCUACCUUACUUCGCUGGUUCCAUGAAAUUGACAUUUUCGACUUUGAGUUAAGGCACAAAAAGGGUUGUUAUAACCGAGUUGCUGAUGCAUUGUCUCACCACCCUGAGUACAUGACUUGCCUUGUGAAUUCCUACGACCUCCAGAAGAAACUGAAGGAGGAGAUCGUAGAGCACACUGCCAAGGAUCCGGACCUUAGUCCCAUCCUUGAGCAGUUGCGGGCUGACCCCAGCAGUCAGCCUGAUUUUCACGAGUAUGGAGAACUGAUUUUUCGUUGCUACGGGAAUCACGACCGUUUGUGUGUGCCCAACCAUGAGCCUCUCCGCACGCAAUUUCUGGACUUGGUUCAUGGCGGGCCGGAGUGGACACUUCAGCAUGGCAAAGACAUACGGAAACCUAUUGAGAUAGUUUGAUUGGCCUGACAUGAAGGGAUCUGCCGAAAAGUUUGUGGUUGAAUGUCAAGUCUGUCAACGAAUCAAACCAUGUAGACAAA